GAGGUGUAGUCUACACUGCACUAUUCUCAUUGCUCUGCAACCCGUACAGCAGAGCUGAGGGACACUCGAGGCUGAAAUGAGGCACAGGCUACAGGCAGAGUAUAUCUCCUCAGGUGGCCACCUCCAGGUCCUCCUCCUUUUGGGGUUAAUAUUUGUCGCAGUGUGCAAAUCCGUGGUUCACUGCCCCCAAAACCUUGGCAACAAGAUCGCUACUGUUGACUUUACAAAUGGACUGAAUGUGGGAAGCACUGCCAAAUUCCAUUGCCCCUCAGGGCAGUAUGCCUGGCCCCAAAGCAGCCGCAUAUGCCAAGAAAACGGCAAAUGGACAGAUAUUAAAAACAGCUCUGGGAAGAUGAGAGAAAUAUCAUGCAAAAAAAUCAGAUGUCCCGAUCCUGUUGUGUUUGAAAAUGGAGAGUUUUAUCCUAGAGGGCCUUUUCAUGUGGGCUCAAAUAUUACCUUCAUGUGCAAUGAUGGGUACAUUCCCAGGGGAUCUAUGGUUAGAACAUGUAAGCAAAACGGAAAAUGGAGUGGAGAGACAGCAAUCUGUGAUGACGGAGCCGGCCACUGCCCUGAUCCAGGUUUACCCCCAGGGGCUAUGAAAACAGGUAUUCGAUAUGAUGUGGAUGAAAGUGUCUCAUACAAAUGUGUCACCGGCCUUACUCUGAUUGGAUCAUCCAAAAGAACCUGUUUAGAGAGCAGGCGAUGGAGCGGGACGGAAGUCAGCUGUAAUUUUCCUUAUACGUUUGACCUCCCGGAGGAAGCUGGAGAAUACUUUGCAGGGUCGCUCUCUGGAAUCCUGAGAACUUCUGAAAAGACAGGUGUUGGAAGAACAGUAAAGAUAAAGAAGGAUGGGAUCCUCAAUGUGUAUAUCCUCUUGGACGCCUCUCAGAGUGUGGGGGAAGAUAACUUUAAGCUCUUCAAGGAGUGUGCAGAGAUUCUUGUCAGCAAGCUCGGGGUGUUCGAUAUGAAGAUUCAGUUCGGCAUAAUAUCUUUCGCCACGGAGCCGAGAGUUAUUGUCAGUAUUUCUGACAAUGAAGACGUUGAUGAAGUAGUGGAUCACAUAAGAGAAGACAUGUUAUACAGCAGCCACAAGGACAAGUCGGGGACAAAUACGUAUGCUGCCCUGAGAAAAGUGAAUGAGAUGAUACUUCUUCAAAAGGCGGCCUAUGCAAACCCAACGGAGUGGAGUUCUAUUCAUCAUGUCAUUGUGCUAUUGACCGAUGGAAAAGCCAAUAUGGGAGGGCGACCUGUGCAAAUGAUCAGGAACAUCAGAAGUGAUCUGGACAUCACAGACAGAAGGGAAGAUCAUCUAGAUGUCUAUGCCUUUGGCGUUGGUGAGGACACAGAUAAGACCGAGCUGAGUGAACUGGCGUCUCAGAAGGAGAAUGAAAAACAUGUUUUUAUCUUGGAGACUGCAGAAGAAAUGAAGAAUACAUUCGAUAAAAUCAUAAAUAUAACCAAUUACGGGGAAAUGUGUGGCCUCAAUGAGGAGAGCGAGGAAUCUGAAGAUAGUUUUCACCAUCCUUGGAACGUGAGAAUUAGAUCCCAAUCCUCGAGCCCGUGCUUUGGGUCCCUAAUUUCCAGCAGCUGGGUCCUUUCUGCCGCCCAUUGUUUCAAAGAUAUUGAUAAAGCAGAGGCCUACAUCUUCGAAAUUGGUGAAGAAAAGUAUGCCGCAGAAAACAUAUUAAUUCAUGACUGCUACAACAUACACCGAAAAUCGGAUAGAGGGAUAAAUCAGGAUUUUGACUACGAUGUGGCUCUUAUAAAACUAAACAAGAAAGCAAAAUUUUCCAAGAGCGCCAGGCCUAUCUGUCUCCCCUGUACGGAGCCCGCCAACAGAGCCAUGAAAAAAAAGCCAGGCGCAAGCUGCGAAGAACACCGUGCCUCCCUACUGGAUAAAAGUGAUAUCCCGGCUGGAUUUCUGUCCAAAGAAAAAAAAGACAGCGAUAAUCUGAAAGAGCUGCACGUCAUUAUAAAGGAAGACAAUCAUAGAGAAGCCUGCCUGUCAGCCAUUCAAAGCUCUGACAAGUAUAAAAACAUCUCCGUCCAUGAAUUGGUGUCGCCGCGCCACCUCUGUGUACAGGGACAAAUGUCUUGUAAGGGAGAAUCUGGAGGAUCUCUCUUUGUGAAUAUACGGGAAAGGGCGAGAUUCUUCCAGGUGGGGGUCCUCAGUUUUGGUACAUUUAACCCUUGCCUAACAGCUUUAAGGAAAACCCCCGAUGUAAGCUACGCUCGGGAUUUCUAUGUUAACGUCCUGGAGGUCCUUCCCUGGCUUCGCCAAAAUCUCCAAGGAGAAAUAAAAUUUCAACCCGGCAUAAAGGACUACAAGGAAGUCGUCUGUCCUACAUGACGUAACACCCGUCCCUGACCGCCGGUCAAACAGCGUCCGCCCCCCAUAGGACACCGGGGACGCGCUGUAUAAAGGCACUUAUUUAGGUUACAAAAAAAAAACAACACAUCCAGAUACGAGCUACAUGGAGUGUCAGAGUCCUGUUCUGUAGAUCAAGCCGGGUCCCAAAAGUCAGACCCUCCAUCAUCAGACACUUAUUUCCUAUCUUGUAAAUAGGGGAUAAGUUGUUAGGAGCUGGAAUACCCCUUUAACUUCUUUUAUUGUAAUGAUAGUGAAUGUGGAAUAUCUUUUCUGUCACAAUGACUACUGUUUCUGGAAUUAAUGAUUUGCAUGUGAAAACACAUAAAGUUACUUGUAGAUUAUCAGCUCUGCAAUAACA